GCAAUCAGUGGCCAGGCCAUAGACCGACACCUCCUGGGCCUCAAGAUGCAGGCGGGAACAGAAAAAAUCUCCAUACCUGAUCUCUUCACAGACACAGCCUACGCCAAAGCCUUACACUUCCAGCUAUCUACAAGUCAGGUGCCAUCCAAGACUGACUGCGUCAUGUGUUUUGGCCCUGUUGUCCCAGACGGAUACGGCGUGUGCUACAAUCCCAUGGAUGAUCACAUAAACUUUGCAGUGUCGUCUUUCAACACCUGUGAACAAACGAAUACAGCGCAUCUGGCCCAGGCCGUGGAGAACGCACUGUUGGACAUGAGGACAUUGCUGGAACAAAGCCCAAGAGCCAAACUGUGAAGCUCUUUUAUCCAAGGAGGGUUAAAUCAAGUGGGCGCUGCAGGGCUAGUCUCAGCAAAGGGCAUUAGUGACAUUUAGAUGACUGGACCCCACACCGUGUGCAAGACUACCAUGUUCCAGAUGGUAGUCUGAAUCAGUAUUACCAGGUGAUUAUUGAUCAACAUCAUGCACUUUAAAUGAUUCUGUGAUACCUGCUGUGUAAUGACUGGGAGGUUUAAUGCACAGGCAUAUUAAAUUAAUAAAUGAGAAUGAAACAUCAUUAACAGACUGUUACUGUACUUUACCACACAAAUUUCCCUGUUUUGGAUAAUAAAGUUUACGGUAAUCCUGA